GGCCUGCGCACCGCAAGCGAGCCGGGAGAGCGGCGCAGGUGGCCGCCGAGGAGGGGCGGGGGCUAGCGUCUUUCACCCUUCCCGACCCUCUGCUCUUUACCCGAGGACGCAGCCUCGGCUCAGACUCGGUGCCCUGCGGCGCGCGUGGUUCGUGGUUGGCCGUCAGGCGCCCCUGACCUUGGUUUCUCCCCGGUGCCAGGUCUGCGCAAGGACCAUGGGCGCCGCGCUGGGCACGAGCGCACGGCUGGCGCCCCUGCGGGGCCGGGCCUGCGGCGCCGUCCCGCGCUGGGCGCCCUCUGCACCCGCCCGAGGCUGCCACUCCAAGCCCGGCGCGGCGCGCCCGGUGCCCCUGAAGAAGCGCGGUUACGAUGUUACCAGGAACCCGCAUCUCAACAAGGGGAUGGCCUUUACACUUGAAGAAAGGCUGCAGCUUGGAAUCCAUGGCCUGAUUCCCCCCUGCUUCCUGAGCCAGGACGUCCAGCUUCUCCGGAUCAUGAGAUACUACGAGCGGCAGCAGAGCGACCUGGACAAGUACAUCAUUCUCAUGACACUCCAGGACCGGAACGAGAAGCUCUUCUACCGAGUGCUGACGUCAGAUGUGGAGAAAUUCAUGCCCAUCGUGUACACCCCCACCGUGGGACUGGCCUGUCAGCACUAUGGCCUGACCUUCCGCAGGCCCCGGGGGCUGUUUAUCACCAUUCAUGACAAGGGCCACCUUGCAACAAUGCUGAACUCUUGGCCAGAAGACAAUAUUAAGGCCGUGGUGGUAACUGAUGGGGAACGCAUCCUGGGCCUAGGCGAUCUGGGCUGCUACGGCAUGGGCAUCCCCGUGGGCAAGCUGGCCCUGUACACAGCGUGCGGAGGGGUCAGCCCGCAGCAGUGCCUCCCAGUCCUGCUGGACGUCGGCACCAACAAUGAGGACAGAGUGAGUGCUCCACCCUGUGCUGUUUUGGAGAAGCCACUCCCCCUCCUGCCAAAGGAGAUCCAGCUGGCUAGUGAUGGGGACUCCAUCACUGCUCCCCGGCCUCACCUGCAGGAUGAUAGCCUGACCUUCCCAGCCACUGCUGAGUUCCUCCAGAGGACCAGGCAGAGGACAAGCCACCCCCAGGAGCUGCUCAGAGACCCCCUGUACAUUGGGUUGAAACACCAGCGUGUGCGUGGGAAGGAGUACGAUGACCUGCUGGACGAGUUCAUGCAGGCUGUGACAGACAAGUUUGGAAUAAAUUGCCUCAUCCAGUUUGAAGACUUUGCCAAUGCCAAUGCCUUCCGCCUGCUCAACAAGUACCGCAACAAGUAUUGCAUGUUCAAUGAUGACAUCCAAGGCACAGCCUCUGUCGCUGUAGCGGGGAUCCUGGCUGCUCUGCGAAUCACCAAGAACAAGCUCUCCAAUCAUGUGUUUGUUUUCCAAGGCGCAGGUGAGGCAGCCAUGGGCAUCGCCCACCUCCUUGUCAUGGCUCUAGAGAAAGAAGGUGUACCCAAGGCAGAGGCCACAAGGAAGAUCUGGAUGGUGGACUCCAAGGGACUCAUUGUCAAGGGGAGGAGCCACCUGAACCAUGAGAAGGAGAUGUUUGCCCAGGACCAUCCUGAAGUGAACUCCCUGGAGGAGGUGGUGAGGCUGGUAAAGCCCACAGCUAUCAUAGGUGUUGCUGCCAUCGCAGGAGCCUUCACGGAGCAGAUUCUGAGGGACAUGGCCUCCUUCCACGAGCGCCCUAUCAUCUUUGCCCUGAGCAACCCCACCAGCAAGGCCGAGUGCACGGCUGAGAAGUGCUACCGGGUCACUGAGGGCCGAGGGAUCUUUGCCAGUGGAAGUCCCUUUAAGAGCGUGACUCUGGAAGAUGGCAGGACCUUCAUUCCUGGGCAAGGAAACAAUGCCUAUGUGUUCCCUGGAGUGGCUCUGGGAGUCAUUGCUGGGGGGAUCCGGCACAUCCCAGAUGAGAUCUUCCUCCUGACGGCAGAGCAAAUUGCCCAAGAGGUCUCUGAGCAGCAUUUGUCCCAGGGGAGACUGUACCCACCACUCAGCACCAUCCGAGAUGUGUCUCUGAGAAUCGCCAUCAAAGUCCUCGACUUCGCGUACAAACACAACCUGGCCUCCUACUACCCAGAGCCCAAGGACAAGGAGGCUUUUGUAAGAUCCCUGGUCUACACUCCAGAUUAUGACUCCUUUACACUGGACAGCUAUACUUGGCCCAAGGAAGCCAUGAAUGUUCAAACAGUCUGAUGCAGUUUCAGAGUCUGGUAUGGGGCUGGAACAACCCCAGCGUAACACUGACAAUAUAAAUGGGUUCUAAAAUGGC